AUGGGUAAUGGGAAAUCUCAACCAAAUAUAGCUAAUUCCUCCACCGUUUCACAAGAAAUACAACUAAAUGAUGUGCCAAAGCGGGAACGAUCACAAAAUGAUCGCAAUGAAGAGGAUAUUACGUUAAUAUGGUUUGAUGAUCAGAAAAAUACAACAGAUGAAGAAGCAAAUAAAACAAAAGAAAUAUUGAGACUCGUUAAUGAUUAUUUCCUAUUCUACCAAGAUGAACAGGUAUGUUUAAAUUACAUUGAGAAAGUUAUAAAAGAAAAAGUGUUACUAAUUGUAUCUGGAUCAUCAAUCACACAAUUUAUCACAAAAACUCACAACUUAAAACAAGUUGAUUCAAUUUUUAUUUUUUGUUGUUCUGAUCAAGAUAAUCUGAUGGAAACAUUAAUGUCAGAUUAUCCGAAGAUAAUUGGUAUCUAUACAGAUAUUCAAAUAUUGAAACAAGCAAUACAGAAAACACUUGAUUUGAUAGAAAAACAAUCAGCUGCCUUCAGUUUGUACGAUGAAAACGAAAAAGACACACGAGAUUUAACCAAAGAAUCUGGUUCAUUUCUAUUUUUUCAACUUUACAAAGAGGUUCUUCUUAAUAUGGAACAGACAACUGAAUCGAAAGAAGAAAUGAUCGUAAAAUGUAAUGAUUACUAUAAAGGAAACAAGAAAGAAUUAGAAAAUAUUAAAUUAUUUCAGACAACAUACAACGCACUGGAAGCGAUUAAAUGGUACACUAAAGAUAGUUUUGUGUAUCGUAUUAUUAAUAAAGCCUUGCGAACAGAAGACAUUCAUAAUCUUCAUACAUUUCGUUUUUACAUUAUUGAUUUGUGCAAGAGUCUGGAACAAAAAUAUAAAGAUUUGAAACGACGACAAAAACAAUCGUCAACGUCCGUAUUAAAACUCUAUCGUGGUUUGAAACAAACAAAGGAAGAAGUUUUGACGUUACAAAAAAAUGUGGGAAGCUUAAUGUCAACAAAUGGAUAUUUUUCAACAAGCCGUCAACGCGGAGUAGCAGUUAAUUUUGCUAAAAAACCAUCUAAUAGACUGGAUAUAGAGGCGGUUCUAUUUGAAAUUAUUGUUGAUACACAAAUGGUGAAAAAAAUUAUUUUGGCAGAUAUAUCGGAGCAUAGCGAGUUUCAGCAUGAAGAAGAAAUUCUAUUCGAUCUAGGUUCUGCAUUUAUAAUUGAUAAUGUUGUCUAUGAUACUGAUAAUAAAAUUUGGCUUAUUUAUGCGACUGCUACAGAUAAAGGUGCCGAAGUGGCUAAUGACUAUAUCAAUUUUCAAAAAAAGAAAAUAGCCGAAUCCAACAUUGUUUUGAUGUUUGGUCAUUUACUUGCUGAUAUGGGAGAAUAUGCCAAGUCACAACAAUAUUUUGAAAAUGUUUUACGUGGCAGACCGAAUGAUGAAGAGGUAGCAUGUAUUUAUUAUAACAUUGGGAGAGUACAUCGUCUCAAAGGUGAAUACGAACGUUCCUUAGAUUAUUAUUUUCGUGCCUAUCAGAUGCAUUCUGAAGCACGACCGGCACGCAUGUUAUCAGCAGCGAAAAGUCUAAAUGGAAUUGGUGUGGUGUAUAAUGAAAAACAAGAACGUGAACUAUCGCUCAAUUAUUUGAUGCAAGCAUUGAAAAUAUAUGAAAAAACUUUACAAGAUGAGCAUGAGAAUGUUGCGGGAACAUUAACUAAUAUUGGAAACGUAUAUCGUGAUCAAGGUCACUUCGAUACGGCAUUAGAGUAUUUGACAAAAGCACUAAAAAUAAACGAAAAAGUAUUACCUGCGAAUCAUCCCAAUCUUGCCUUCACACUUAAUAAUAUGGGUAAUGUUUACUACAAAAAGACUGAUUAUAAAAGAGCACUGGAGUAUUACACUCAUGCUUUAAAAUUAAAAGAAGAAACGUUACCUCGCGAUCAUCCGGAUAUCGCUCGUGGAUUAAACAAUAUCGGCUUGAUUUAUUAUAGUACUGGUGCUUUCGAUACUGCGCUAGACGUUUACACAAGAGCCUAUCUGAUGUGCGUAAAAACAUUAUCUGAUGCACAUCCACUAUGUUUAACAAUACAAAACAAUAUUAAGCUUUGUGUUACGAAAAAAGAUCAGCGGAUGACCUAUUCUUCUGUGUAA